UGUUUUCAAGUCAAAAAAAUUAAAGUCAAAAAGUGAAAACGCACAACCACGAGGCCCGGUAUAUUCAAUCCUCAUUAAACCAAACUUCCAUCAUACCCCCAUCUAUCUAUCGAGAUUCGGACAAAACAUCUGUGUAGAUCUCUUACAAAGAUUAUGAAAAAACACACCCUUGUCUUCACCAUUUUCCUACUUCUUAACCAAUCGCUCAGUUGGGAUCCCAGGUACGAAGCUUGUGUUGCAAAAGACUGUGGAGAUGGGCGUAAAGUUACUUAUCCAUUUUUCAUCAACGAACUACAUGAUUCCUCUUGUGGUUACCCCGGAUUUGAGCUCCGCUGCAGCAAUGGCUCCUCAAUUCUUCGGAUCGCAGAAAACGACUUCAUUGUUAAAGAUAUUCAAUACAAAAACAGUUCCCUCCGUCUCCAAGACGCGGCGAUUUUGCCGAAUCAAACUGAAUCCUGUCCCUCGAAGAUCAGGAACAUAACGCUCGAUCCUAACCGAUUCCGGAUAGACAAUGUUUCUACUACGAAACUCAUUUUGAUUUCGAACUGCUCGAGUGUAUUGCCGGUGAAUCUGAAAAGGUAUAGAAUACGAUCCUGUGAGGAAAGUAAUGAGGUGGUGAUGCUUGCUAAUGAUAUGAAUUUGAGAAAUGUAACGACAAGUUGUGGGUAUGGUCGUAAGGUUGUGGAGACGCUGGUAGAAUUGAGUGGCGAAGAAGGGAGGAGUCAGGUCGUUGACGGUGAUAACUACCCGGAGGUGGUGGAAAGGGGGUUCGUGUUGCAUUGGCUUGCGGCGGAUUGUGGUGUUUGUGAGAGCAGCGGUGGUAGGUGUGGGUUCAAUCAGAUUACUUUCGGAUUUCGUUGUUUUUGUCGCGAUAGGCCCCAUAUGGUGAGUUGCCGGACUGGAACAAAAGAAAAUUUACCAGUGAUUAUUGUCACGGCUCUUUGUAUAGGAUUAGGGGCAAUUUUGGUUGUGAUAAUGUUAUGCUUCAUAAGGAAAUUCAAAAGGAGAAGAAGUACUAAGAGCUAUGUUAAUGUGGAAAAUUUUCUAAAAAAUCAUGAGUUUCUCGCAAAAAGGUACUCUUAUUUGCAAGUAAAGAAGAUGACAAACACCUUUGAAGUCAAAGUAGGACAAGGCGGCUUUGGUUCUGUGUACAGAGGGGUGCUAAGGAACGGAAACCUGGUGGCCGUGAAGAUACUAAGUGAAUUAAAGGGUAAAGGCGAAGAUUUCAUAAACGAAGUUGCAAGUGUUGGCAAGACUUCCCAUGUAAAUAUUGUAAGUCUUGUGGGAUUUUGCUUCGAGGGCCAUAAAAGAGCAUUGAUCUAUGAGUUUAUGCCUAAUGGAUCGCUUGAGAAGUUCAUACAUGACCAAGCUUCUUCAGAUAAUAUCCAACUCGGGUGGAAAAAGUUGCAUGAGAUUGCUUUGGGGAUUGCUCGGGGUUUAGAAUACUUGCAUAUUGGUUGCAACACACGGAUCUUGCAUUUCGACAUAAAGCCCCAUAAUAUACUUUUGGAUCAAGAUUUUUCUCCCAAGAUAUCUGACUUUGGGCUUGCCAAACUAUUCCCUGAGAAAAGAAGCAUGAUAUCAAUGUCACAUAUGAGAGGAACACCGGGAUAUAUUGCUCCUGAAGUUUAUUCUAGAAAUUUCGGGCAGGUAUCCCAUAAAUCAGAUGUUUAUAGUUAUGGGAUGAUGAUUUUGGAAAUGGUUGGAGGGAGGAAAAAUAUUGAGGCAGAAGUUGAUCAUACAAGUGAAAUAUACUUUCCUCAUUGGAUUUACAAAAAGGUUGAAUUUGAUGAAGAACUUGGACUACAUAGAAGUAUGAGCAAUGAAGAAAAUGAGAUGGCAAGAAAAAUGAUUAUAGUGGGCUUGUGGUGCAUACAAACUAAUCCCGUUAACCGACCCACAAUCACGAAGGCAUUGGAAAUGUUAGAAGGGGACUUGGCAUCAUUAGAAAUUCCUCCAAAACCUUAUUUGUCUUCUCCAUCAAGGUUGGGUGCUUCCUCAAUUACAGAUUAGCUAGAUCAUUAAUGCUCAUUUACUCAAGUAUAUUUUCAUGUGGUUAUAAAUCAUAGAUUUGUACCUGGGGACUUGUGGUGCACAAAAUACCCAAGCCUAUUAGCAAUUAUUAUAUAUGGCGAGUGUCAUGUAAUAAGGGAGAAGGUUUGAAAAUUCAUUCAUAAUUGAAAAGUUAUUCAUGAUUUUGGUUUA